AUGGUAGCUGAUGUAAGAGGCAGUGGUUUUAGAUCAAUGCCAUGUUUUAUACAUACAAUACAGUUAUGCAUACAUGACUCAAUUUUGUCGCAAAAAUUUGUUAAGGAUAUUUUAGCUUGUUGCAGAUGUCUGGCAACUCAUUUUCACCAUUCGCCAAUAGCAGCAGCAAAAUUAGAAUCAAUUCAGGAACAACUUGGUACAAAUAAGCACAGGUUAAUCCAAGAUAUUACUAAAAGAUUAAACAGUUCUUAUGAUAUAAUUGAAAGGAUGCUUGAUCAAAAAAUUCCUGUGGCAAUUUAUACAGCUGAUCAUUCUACCCAAUCAACACUAAAUUCAUUUCAAUGGGGCUUAUUAGAUAAAGUGUUGUAUAUUUUAGAACCAUUUAAAACUUUAACCAUUAAUUUCAGUAAACAUGAAUCAUAUUUGUCAGAUGUUAUUCCUUCAAUUAUGGCUCUGGAAGAAUUUUUUAAUCAAGCAUUAGUAUGUGAGGCUUUUUUAACAAUAAAUACUUUAGUUGAACAUUUAAGUGGGUCAGUAGACAAAAGAUUGGUUUCAUAUUUACAUGAUAAAUAUUCAUGUCUUUCCACUUUUUGUGACCCUAGAUAUAACUUGACAUAUAAAAAGGAAGACAAGGAUAUAAUAAAAAAUUGGAUAAAUGAACAGAUGCAAGAAAUGCGACAAAGUAAUUUAGAACUUGAAUCCUCUGAUUCUGAUUUUGACGAAUUUUUUAGUACAGGUCACAUCAUUUACGAACCCAAUAGAAACAGACUAUCACCAGAAAGUGGCAAAAAACUAAUGUUUAUUCAUUAUAACAACAAAUGA